CCCGUAACCGACCAAGAAAAGAUCGUGAGUGUGAAAAACGAGUGUCUUUCAGAGGAGAGAGAGAGAGAGAGAGAGAGAGGUGGGACCUACUCGCGUUACCUACAGCAGCCGCGUGUGCAUUCCCAGUAGUAGCCAGAAGGGAAAUCAACGGAAGUAAUCGACGACCUGCUGGCCUUUGCUCUGAAACGCGUCAUCUGUUGACCAUUUUCAAGGCUCUCUCUUCCGUCUCUUUAUAACUUCUGCUCGCAAGAAGCUAUUCUUCUUCCAAUGCAUUUCUUUCUCGCCUUCUUCUAAAGAGCCCAUGGCUUCUUCACAUGACUUUCUGCUCUUCUCCUUCGUCAUCUCCCUCUCCGCCUUCGCGUGGGCCCCACGCCCAUCUGAUGGCCUCUCCACUUUCGGCUUCGAUCUCCACCAUCGCUUCUCCGAUACCGUCAAGCGCUGGGCCGGCUUCCGCGCCGACGAGUGGCCCGACAAGGGGACCUUCGACUACUACACAGCGCUGGCGGAUCACGAUCGGAUCCUCCACGGCCGCCAUCUGUCGUCCCGCAAUGACAAUCAGACGCUGACGUUCUACGAUGGGAACACGACAAUCUCCACGGGAUCUUUGCAUUACGCGUUGGUUUCGUUGGGUACGCCGAAUGUGACAUUUCUGGUGGCGCUCGAUACAGGGAGUGACCUCUUUUGGGUGCCGUGUGAUUGCAAACAGUGCGGGCCCACAUCGUUUGUGGAUAUUGAGUUCAACAUUUACAGCCCCAAUAGAUCGUCAACAAGCAAAAGAGUUCCAUGCAGCAACAAACUGUGCGAAGCCCAAAGUAAAUGUACAGGAGCAGGCAGCAAUUGUCCCUACACGGUUGCUUACAUGUCUGCUAAUACCUCGUCUUCUGGGAUUUUAAUAGAGGAUGUCAUGUACCUGACAACAGAAGACAGUAAUCAUGAAGCUGUUGAUGCACAGAUUGUAUUUGGUUGUGGACAGGUUCAGAGUGGUUUGUUUCUGGAUGGUGCAGCCCCCAAUGGUCUAUUUGGGCUUGGCAUGGGCAAGACAUCUGUUCCAAGCAUUUUAUCAACUGCAGGACUCACAGCAGAUUCAUUUUCCAUGUGCUUUGGUCAAGACGGCUUUGGAAGAAUAAUUUUUGGGGACAAGGGUAGCCUGGACCAAGAAGAAACUCCAUUCAAUCCUCGGGAUCCAAUUAGAUUCCCACUAUACAAUGUCAGUGUAACUGGACUACGCGUGGGCACAAGUCUCACCAAUUCAAAUUUCAGUGCUAUUGUUGAUUCUGGAACCUCGCUUACAUCCUUAGCAGAUCCGGCUUAUACACAUCUUUCUGAGAGUUUCAACUCUCAAGUUCUAGAUAACCGGCGUUCACCUGAUCCCAAGAUCCCAUUUGAAUAUUGCUAUUAUAUCAAUCCUAAUGAGAAUAGCACUAUGAUACCCAAUGUCAGUCUAACAAUGAAAGGUGGAGGCCAGUUUUCUGUUUUUGUUCCUAUAGCUGUUGUGGCACAAUAUGUAUAUUGCUUGGCUGUUGUCAAGAGUAGUGACUUGAAUAUUAUUGGCCAGAAUUUCAUGACUGGCCAUCGCAUCGUCUUUGAUCGGGAGAAGUCUGUCUUGGGCUGGAAGAAGUUUGAUUGUUACGAUGUCGAGAAUUCCACUACUCUACCAUUAAACCCUCGAAACUCCGCUUCUGCUGCAGUAUCUCCUGCAGCUGCAGUUGGGCCAAAUAGCUACACUCCUGAAGCAACAAAAGAGACUGGGAAUGAUGGUCAGGUUUCUGUGCUACCAAUACCACCUUUGGUCAACCAAUCAUCUCAUCUGAACUCAUGCUUCAGACAUACCCCCUUGAUGCUGUUUCUACUCCUUUUAUUUGUCAUUCUUUGGUAAUUCUUUUUACCAGCUUUACUAUAGAAACCACACCAUACAGAAAUUUAUAGUUCACCCUAUGUAUCAUAUGUUUAUCAAACUCCCAUCAAGAUUAAUUUAUGUCAAUGCAAUUUAUAGCAUCCUUUUUCUUA